AUACACAAAACAGCAGUCGAGUGUAUCUCAAAUAUACAUGAUAAAUUGCGUGUAUCCUCCAAUCAUCAACCCUCCUUCCCAUUUUUCCGGUGAAUCCCAAUCACUGCUCCACCACCCUCCACCUCUAUUCUCUACCUCUCCGUCGUCCAAGCACCCUGAUAGGAUCUGAAUCUCCACUAUCCAACAUAGCCACAUUUUUUCCUUUCCCCAUCAUUGUCACGACGCCGAAAAUCCAACCACCACCCUCCUCGUCUCCAACUAAGUCACCGUCAUUUUUGAAUCUGUCUGAUCUGGAUUUGUCGAAAGAAAUCAAGAGCGAGAAUGAGGUGAGGCGGCAUUAGGGUUGGGUGGUGUUCGGUGGGUACGACGGUACUAAAUACACAUUUUCAGAUACACGCAUCAUAUACACAGGCCUAAGAUAUAUGUGACCUCGGGGCCUUUCAGUAAUUUACCAAAGCAAAACAUUUUCCUCCUGUUUCUUAUAAAACCACCUUCGCGAAUUAUCGUUCUUCACAUUUUGGUCUGGGAAAAACCUUAAACGACAACAACUUUGUGAACAGUUCAAGGAAAACACAAUGGAUGCAAACGAGAGAUUAAUAGGUUUGGAAAAGGAAUAUGCGGAUGAAGUCUUGAACACAAAGAAGGAUGCAACGGUGAGGAUUAUGGCGUCGGAACAGAAAGCUCAAUAUUUGCAGCAGGAGCUUCAAGUGGUGAAAGAAAAGGGGCUAUUGACACUGAUGAAGCUCAAAGAGAUGAUGGAUUCUAAGAUUAUUGAAGCAGAGUUGACAUCGUUGAGCCAACAGAGGAAGAUUGAAGAACUUGAGGCUCAACUUGAGGAAGCAGAAGAUAUUGCAAGUGAACUCAGGGUUGAGUUGAGAGAAAUUCAAGCUGAAUUUGAGAGAAUCGGCAACAAAGAGAAAGAAGAAAAGCAAUCACAGCAUGUUGAUACUACUAAUCCUGUAGAACUAACAAAGGAGAACACAGCUGUAUUGCCUCCAGAAUCUCAGGAUGCUUCUGUGACAACUUCUAAUAUGGAAGUCGACAGUAUGAACCAGAAAAUUGAGGGUCACCAUUCUUUUCCUAUAAAAGUUAACGCAGGGAAUUGUUAUGUUGCUACUUCGGAUUUACCCUCUAUAGGUUUGAGAGGCAAAGCGCUAGAGUUGUACCAAGAUGGACAUACACUGAGAAUUCAUGUUGCUGAAGGAAAUCCAUCGGAUAGGGAAAUCAUUCAUAACGAAACAUUUCCCGAACAUUCUUCAACGAUGGAAAACAUGCCAACCACUAAUUUUCUGACAGAUGAUUCAACUGUAGCGAGAGGCAAUGCUCCUAUUGAAGAUCCUCCUGAGAUGGCCCAAGGAUUGUCCACAGGAAAAGGCGAACAAGUCAUGAAACUGGGAUAUGCAGAAAGUUCUGAUAAUAAACUGCAGUCUAUUGAGGCUUCUGGUGUUCAUUAUGAAAAAGAUGAGCACAAGCAGUUGAUUGGAAAGACGGAUCUUUCAGACGAAGAUAUUGAAAAUGUUUGCAAUCAGUUGCUCUUUAUAAAAAAUCUUUGUGAUCAGUUGUUAGUGUCAGAAUCAAGGGCAUCUGAUGUAAACAAUAGAGUCCCUAGCCAACCUCUAAAUGGUAGAAUGAUUAAGUACAAAUACCAAAGAAAGAGGAGAAGAGAAUUUCUGAGUGUAUCUGAUGAGAAAGCUUCAAUUUCAAAGAGCUCUUCAAAGAGUAAGAAUUUGACUAGAUAGCCUUCUCGAGACACAGCUACUGAUGCCUUUGGCUAAGAAGUGCCAAUGAAAUUGAGUGCGCCGUAUUUUCUUUGCCAGAAAACGAGGAAUGUCUUGUGUCUGCUAUCUUUGAGAUCCACCUUUUUGGAUACCAUGUCAUUAAGGAUGGAGGUUUACGAGUAAGAUGCACUAUCUGAUUGAUAGCUUGCCGGCAUGAUCUUCAGCAGAGACAGAUCUAGUCUUAGAGCACUGGAUUCACGUGAAUCUAGUAAUUUUUGCCCAAACCAUGUAUUUGUGUUAAGAAAUUCACUAAUGAGUUCAGUGUUUAUUGUAUAUUAACUUGAGAUCGUUGUAGGAACUUAUAAACUUCAAGUUCUGGAUCUGCCUCUGUUAUCCAGUAGGUAAAUCGUUAUUUGUAUUGUUUGGAUCCUGCACUUGUACAGUAUGUAGCUUUCAAACUUAAUUAUGUUCAUCUUUCCCGUU